AUUGGAUGAAUGUUAGGAUCCCUGUGAUGUAGUACAGCGGCGUUGCGCUAGUUGAUAAAUACCAACAAAAGUUCCCCAAGCAUUUGAACGUUUUUUAUUCCUUCGAUCUCCUCAAAAUCAAAGCAUUUAGAAGUUGGCUAUAUAUAUAUUCAGAUUGAGAACAUGAAGGCACUAGUUAUUGUGAUGUUCAUCAUGUGUGCUUGUUACGGCAUGUCAGAGCUGAUCAAAGACAGCGAGUGGCAAGCAUGGAAAGUAUUCCACAACAAGAACUACGAAACUAGAGAUGAAGAGGGUCUUCGUUACACAAUCAAGGAAAACAUUCUUUUACCAUGGCCAUGAACCACCUGGGGGAUCUGACACCAAAAGAGGUGAAAUAUAUGCUCAACGGUUACCUUGGAACUAAAAAAUUUGCCAGCGCAAAAACCUCUGAUGCAGUAACUUUUCUACCGCCAUCCAAUGUUAAUCUGCCCAAAGAUGUGGACUGGAGAAAGAAAGGCUACGUCACUCCAGUGAAAAACCAGAAAGCCUGUGGAUCUUGUUGGGCAUUCAGCACAACUGGUUCCCUAGAAGGACAACAUUUCAAGAAGACAGGAAAACUAGUGUCUCUGAGUGAACAGAAUCUGGUUGACUGUUCCCGAAAAUUUGGUAACAUGGGCUGUGAGGGUGGAUGGAUGUACUGGGCAUUUAACUACAUCAAGGCAAAUCAUGGCAUUGAUACUGAAGAGAGCUAUCCUUAUGUUGGGGUGGAAGAAUCGUGCCACUUCACAACAGAAGGUAUUGGUGCAACACUCACUGGAUACGUGGACAUCAAAGCUAAAAGUGAAAAAGACUUACAAAUAGCUUCAGCAACAGUGGGUCCCAUCUCAGUAGCCAUCGACGCAGGCCAAUCAUCUUUUCGUUUUUACAGUGGUGGUGUUUAUGAUGAGCCAAAUUGUAGUACAACACAUUUAGACCAUGCAGUACUAGUGGUUGGUUAUGGUGUAACAAAUAAUGGCACUGAUUAUUGGCUGGUUAAAAACAGCUGGGACACGACUUGGGGCAUGGAUGGUUACAUCAUGAUGUCGCGUAACAAGAACAACCAGUGUGGUAUUGCAACUAAUGCUACUUAUCCACUGGUUUAAAAUCUCAAAACCUUGGUGGAAUAAACUUCAAACUCCCCGACGUCUUUGAAGUUUUUAACAGCAAUAAGAAGAUAAUUUAAUGUGUUUUAAUAAUGUCAUUAAUGCUACGCAAAUAUUAAGGUGGAAACAGAUGCAUUAAUUAAAAAAACCCGAAGCCAUAC